AAUCAGCGGCCGCCUCCGGAAGUUGCCGGCCGGGGAUUGGCUGGCCGCAACAUGGCGGAGCGGAGCGGGGCGAAGCGGGUGCUGGAGAGAAAAGACGAAAAGGUUGAUUGGCGCAAAUGGAAACAGCAAAAAAAAGAAGAGAAGAAACGAUGGAAAGAGAUAAAACUGUUGAAGAAGCUGGAGAAGGAGAGAGCCCGAGAGCGGAUGGAGAAAGAGAGAGAAGGAGCAAAGCCGACGGAGGAAAAAGGGAGGCACUACACAGUCAGCGUGGCUGUUCCCGGCUCGAUUCUGAGUAACGCGCAGUCUCCUGAAUUGAGGACGUAUCUGGCUGGGCAAAUAGCCCGCGCCUGCGUCAUCUUCUGCGUGGACGAAAUUGUGGUGUUUGACGAACAAGGAGAAAAUUCCAAGACCAUCGAAGGCGAGUUCAAAGGGAUCAAGGGCAAAGACCAGCCCUGCGUCCAGCUGGCCCGGAUCCUUCAAUACCUGGAGUGCCCACAGUAUUUAAGGAAGUCUUUUUUCCCCAAACAUCCAGACCUGCAAUUUGCUGGGCUCUUGAACCCUCUGGACAGUCCACACCAUGUCCGAAUGGACGAGGAGUCGGAGUAUCGGGAAGGGGUCGUUGUGGCCCACCCCACCAAGCCUGGCCGAGGGUCUUUCGUGAACUGUGGGAUGCGGAAGGAGGUCCAGAUAGAUAAGCAAUUGGAAGAGGGUCUUCGCGUCACCGUGCGCCUGGAUGAGAAGCAGAACGCAGAGAGCAAAAAACAGAAAGGUGUUGUUGUAUCGUCUCAAAGUCCCCGCACCGUUUCUGGCCUUUACUGGGGCUACAGCGUCCGACUGGCUUCGUGUCUAAGUGCUGUCUUUGCCGAAUCCCCUUUUAAGGAUGGCUACGAUCUCUCCAUUGGAACCUCUGAGCGCGGAUCCUCCAUAGACGAAGCCACCCUACCUGCCUUCAGCCAUGCUCUCAUCAUCUUCGGGGGCGUGCAGGGCCUUGAAACCGGAGUGGAUGCGGACCCCAACCUGGACGUCAGCGACCCCAGUACCUUGUUCGAUUUGUAUUUGAACACCUGUCCGGGGCAAGGAAGCCGCACCAUCAGGACGGAGGAAGCCCUUCUGGUCUCCCUCUCCGCCCUGAGGCCCAAGAUUGACGCAGCGGCUAAGAAAGGACGAGGCGGGAGCUGAGUGCCAGAUGCGAAUCAGACCCCCACCCACCUCCGGGGGGUCAAACAAGAUGGAACAGAAGUCACGGUGUUCGGAUAACCCCCUGGGUGGGGAACAAAUGUGUAAGGAGCUGGGGCACCCUGUGAGGGGGGUGUCGAGAUGAUGGCACCCAUGAAAACAUAUGGGGUUUAAGACGGACCACGGGACAAACUUCUUAAAUUUGGCAACUUGACCAAGGUGUGGACUUCAACUCCCAGAAUUCUGCAGCUCCUUUCCCUUCAAUAAGUGCAGGGGCCACACCUGCAUUUUAUUUGUGUUGGUAUUUUUAAGUUAUUUAUAAGGAUGGAAGGACCCGCGGCCACCUCACUCAAACAAAAAAACUGCAGUUGAAGCUGAACGAAAGAGAGGCUGCUUCGUCAUCUCCGUCGGUGGGGCUAAAAAAAAUAUGUUUUUAAAGCAUUAUUUACGCGGCAGAAA